AUGGCUUGGUCGGUGCGCGCGCGCGCGCGUGGGCGCGGUGGACGACGGAACGACGGACGGGGGACGAUGGUGAUCGCCCUCGCGUGCGCGCUCGCGGCGGUGGCGCUGGGAGGGUUGAGCGCGCGCGCGUGGGCGACGGGAACGAAUUGUUAUCCGGACGCGUGCACGAGGGGUGGUUCGAACACGUUUGAUAAGAACCAAAGGAACAUGUGUAAGAUGCUCGCGGAGACGAGCAAAUACUGCGUGAUCCCGACGUCGGACGAUGAUUGUCCGCGGGAGUUGAAAUAUCACGGGUGGUGCGACGCGAACAGAUACGUGUUCAACUCCGGGUGCUUGAGCAAGUACCCGACGACGUCUGUGCCGUCCGGCAGUGCGGUUGACUUUAGUUCGUAUGAAACCGCGUAUUGGAGCGUCGGAGCGCCGUAUCCGCUUCAUCCAAACAUGGUGAACGCUGAUUUGAGGACGUGCGUGAUCGACUACGUGAAGACGCAGUUGCGCGCGCAGUUUACGGAGGAGGGUAUGAUCGCCGACGAAGCCUCUAUCACGUCGCUCGCUUUACAAGAGUUCCCGGAGGAACAGAUGGUGGAUAGCAACGACUACAAGGACCAGUUCUCGAGCUUUUACCUCAGUGAUUCCGACUUUGACGACAUGGACGCGGAUUCAUCCGACGUUCCGCUCUCUGACGUGGAUGGCGAAGCGGUGGAGAGCACUGUAACAAAGAGCGUGAGCGCGCAACCGUGCUCCGGGAGUGGCAGCGAUCAGCAAUGCUUCGACGUCUGCACCGCCGACCUGGGCCUCAAGUCAGAGUACAAGAUUAAGAUUCCGAAAGUGUGCGCAAAGAUAAGAAUCUUAGGCAGAAAGUUUAAGAAGUGCAUCAAGGUGCCCAAGACAAAAUUCAAGGUUCCAAAUAAGUGUCAAAAGAUGUGCAUCACGAUUCCGGGCUAUUGCGAGAUGUCAACGGCGCUCACGGCCGUGGACGACCUCAAAAAAGUUGACUCUCUCAAUAGCUUGGUGGCGCCUUGCAAAGCCGUUGGCGUUCCAAGCACCGUCUGCGACGCCGUUGGUGAAGCCGAUGACGCCAUCAACGCCAUCGCGCAACUGAAGAACGUCAAGAGCCUGAACGACGUGGCAGAUAUGUGCAGUUCCUUGAUGCCGAGCAGUGUCUGUACAGAGAUUCGAGACAGUGUCGACGCAAUCUCACAGAUCACGCAACUGAAGAACGUCAAGAGCCUGAACGACGUAGCCAACCUAUGCAGCGCCGUGAUGCCGAGCAGCGUCUGUACAGAGAUUCGAGACAGUAUCACUGCAGUAUCGAGCAUCGCGACCAUGGCCGCGCAGACGACGGUGGAUGGUGUCCUUCAGGUGGGUCUGUUACCUGACGUCCUGAAUGGCUACAUCAGAGACGCUCAGGACGCUUUGGAGAAGGUCGCGGACACGCUCGAAUCGUCGCUCAGGGGUCUUCUUGAGCACGUCUGGGGAGAAGUUUCGACGACAUCAUCGGAACUCGUCAGUCUCAUCGAAAGCUCGAUCAAGAACACGAUGGCGACAUCAUCAUCCGGUAUGUCAGCACUCGGUGCCGCGCGCGAAAACCGCCGCACGGAGCUUCUCGACGACAUUCAUGAGGGUGUGAAUGCCGCUUUCCGUGGCCUCGCAGCUCCGGCGCGUUCGGCGCAAUCACUCGCCGCGAAUUUGGGCGCGGCAACCGGGCAAGGGUGCUUCGUAAUUCCAGUUAUGUGUACUGAAGAGAUUGAGUAUCCUAUGAAAUGGCCAAAAGCUCUCGAGAACGUGUCGGCGUCGCCUGGUGCAAUCACCGUGGAUCCACCAGACAUCCAGUUCGAUUUAUGCGCUCAGAUCAACGAGUUCAAAGUGAGCUCUCAAGUCGCAACAAAGCUCGUCAAGGCGCUCGGCGAUAUGUUUGAGGCGUUCUUCGAUGCGCUCUACGACGAGUCUGGGUUGAAGGACGUCGUCGCUGACAUCAAGAAACUGGGCAGCGGUAAGUUUUUUGCGAGCUCAUCGCGUCGACGCUUGCUGAGCACGGAUGAACAAAUGACAAUCCUCGCGGCGCACGCCGAUUACAAGAAUCGAUUGGCUAGUGCCGAGUCGAUCGUUCUCAGGGAGCUCGUGAAGCUCUCAGAGACUAUCCACUCGCCUGAUUUCGCGACGAGAUCUCGCACACGCGCCGGUGGUUCACGGGAAGCCUCUCUCGGUAAGAACGCAUUCGACGAGGUACUCGACGACUUUUUAGACGACUUGGAAGCAGCCAUCAAGUUGAUGUCGGACACAACGAGUGUCAAGGCUGAGUUGAGUAUGAAGGCGUCUGGCAGCGCGUCCGUCAGCGCACACAUGGCCCUCGCAAAGGACGGCGAGUUUUGGUCUGACCAAUUUUCAGGCGUCAAAGUCGUCCCGCUGCCGCUGCCAGGCUUAUCCGCCGUUCUUGAAUAUGACUUGUCGCUCGCGCUUCCAUAUUACCUGAACUUUGACGCCCAAGCGGCUCUUGAUGUUGAAUUCUCUGUUGAAAUGCCCAUGGCCGUCGAACUCUCGAAAAACCCAAGUUUCUCGGUGAGCACACCGCAGGUGAGCGUCUCGAGGACUCUCACUGGUUCCGCAAAGGCCGCCAUGCAGAUUGGAGCCGUCGUGCAUUUGGAAAAGGCGUUCGCUGCGCUAUGCGCCGGUCCGAUGUGUGCCGGUCCUUGGUUGGACGCAAAGCAGGACGCUUACGUCGGCGUCGAUGCUUGGGCACUCGCGAACUGUGCGUCGGGCUACGGCGAGCUCAUACCCACGUGGUCGGAUACUUUCUCGUACUCGAAGGCGAACCAAAAUAAAUGCGCAGGUUCCUUGGCUGGAGCGGGUGGCUACGUCGAGAUUCCAAAGACAUCGAUACUAUACUCUCAAAUCCAGCUCGCGACGAUUCCGAUUGGAGAGGCGGCGAGCGCCUCAAGUUCCUCCUCCGCUCGACUCGGGGCGUCGGCUGAGGACGAGGAAGACUCUGACUGCAGCACGAGUAAAAGAGGCACGGGUCUGUACAACUUUGCGCCAAUGCUCAAGACAGUGAUCGGCUCGGGUACUUACCUAUCGCAGGACAUCUUUGCCCUGUGUGAGGGUGGCGGCACUUGCAAGCGCGAGGAUGUAUCGCCGCCAACAGAAUGCCCGACGUGCGUUUGUCCGAUCGCGCCGAGCGAGCCGCCCGCUUCGUUGCCAUCGACGACAUACCAACCGCCCACUUCGGUGCCGCCCACGGCGAGUCAACCUCCGGCGCGUUCAUACGCCAAGAAAUCGGCAAAGAGGGUCAAGGCUUACGAUUCACGCUGUUGUGAUGAUGGCUCGACUAAAUGUGCCAUAGCGACGGCGGCUACAGCUCAACAAAUAUGUGGCGCGAAGUGCGAUGCAUGCGCCGAUUGCAAGGCGUUCGAUUUCAACGCUAAUGAUGGAAACUGCGGUUUCUCGACACAGUCUCGCUUCAAAUCGCGUUCGGCCUCUACCUAUUAUUACCACGUAUCGACUUCUGCGUCGCUGGGAUCAGCCGGUCUCAACGUCAUCCCGGCACUUGAUUUCUCGCCAACUGUGGUAUUUGCGCUCGCCGCAGCGUUCGUGGGCAUCGUUGUCGCUGUUCGUUCCCGCCCGGUAAAAUCGAGCUUGCUUCGCGACGGCCGCGAGUCGAGCUACGGUGCCGUGUGCUGA